AUCAGAAUUAAAAGAGAGGGGAUAUAACAUGUGCCAUGUGUCUUUUGUAAUCCUGGAUAAAUAAUGGCGAGCAGAGUGAUUGGCGGUUCAACGUUGAAUACGCCUAAACAAUUGUAUAAAUAUUUGUUGCGUGAAUGCGAAAAACUUCCCAAACACACACAGCAAUUUUACAAGCAUUCUGUCAAACAAAGUUUCAAGCAACAUGCCUUAGAGUCUGAUGAGGAACGUAUACAACAAAUUAUGGAACGAGCAUUGUUAGAUGCCAAGUGGGUGAUACAAAAGUAUAAUCAACCAGGUAGCACGCCAACGUCAAAAUCAUAAAUAAUCUUAAUAUACGCAUUUAUUAGUAUUAGAUAGAAAAAUGAACUUUGAACAGAUUGCUAGCG